GAGACAUCACCUAUGGGACAGUAGAGUUAAUUAACUCUGUUGCUUCGUGUCAAUAAACAAAGAAUAUCAAUGAAUAGAAGUCAACGUUGUCAUCGGUAUGAAGUGAGACCUUCAAGUUCUACCAACUGCGAAGCAAAUGGUUUUAGAGAUAGAGGAAAACGAAGUGCUAGACAAAAUGAUUCUUGUUAUGGCUCUAAUGAACCUGAUUACAUGAAAAAUAGGCUAUCUAGUGAAACGCGUUGUAACCUGCAUUUUAGUACUGUUGCUGAUAGCAACGUUAGGCCUAACGUUAAAUCAAUUUCUACUUCUAGAACCCGAAAUAGAUGCAGGCGCAGUGCAGGUUGCAGUAAAUCAAACGUUUUGAACAUUACUGAUAAAAAUACCACGUUUUCAGACAUACCUGGUUAUUUUUAUGAUCACCAGAAAAAGAAAUAUUUUCGCGUUCUACCGGGUCAUAAUAAUCACAAUCCUUUAACUGCUACUAACAUUUAUGGACAAGAAUCUGUAAAGAAUUAUAAAGAUUUUCAUACAAAAAGAGCAGAAGAAGCUAAUUUUCCUUUGUUAAAUAACUUUGCUACACGCCAGUUAGGAUUAAUUCCAGGAAAACGUUUUAUAUCUAACCUUAUAGGGCAUCAGAUGUUAAAAAUGAAAAAUAUAACCAGAGUCAAAAUUGAUAAUACUGCACUAGACUAUCCACUUACAGAUUGUCGCUAUCUUGUUGGAUUUCCAGAUAAAUCUACUGUCCUUGGAUCAUGGUCUUUGGAAAAAGAACCAGGAAUCCUUAUUCAAUCUAUUAACCUUGAAGAUGCUCUGGAAGGUUUAUCUGAAGAAAGCAGUAGAGAUGGUAACCUGUUUCAAAGGAAGAAUUGUGAAGUUGUAAACAUUCACCCUCACUACAGGGUAGCUGAUAUGUGUUGGGCUGAUAUAUCUUCCGACCUUUAUUUUGUUCUUAUAGUAUGUACAGGUUGUGAUGUUAUAACACCAGCUCUAAGCUGUGUUCAACUUCGUCCAGUUCGUCAGCUUUGUGGUAGUACCAGCUCAAACCUUCAAGACAUGGAUCAGUUGACUCAAACAUAUGAAUAUCCUGGCAUGGCCAUAUGGAGUUGUGCUUGGAACCGUGCCACUUUGCAAGUUGCCUUUGGAGUGGAGGGCUUGGCAUAUUGUAGACACAUUGAAACUGGGGAUACAAAAGACAUCUUUACUGAAAAAGAAAACCCCUAUUCGUUAUGUUUUAGUAAGGAUGGAAACAUCUUGUUCAGCGGGAGCCACAAGGGAAAUCUGAUUUGUUCUGAUCUUCGAGAUUCAACCCAAGAUAAAGUGAUAUACAGCAUGAGUAUAGGAAGAGGAUUGUCUUACAUUCAUUUGCUGAAUGAUGAGAAUAGAUUAAUUGUUAGUGGUUAUGAUGGAAAAUUAGCACAGAUAGAUCUCCGCAAUCGACAGGUAGUUUUGGAUUAUCCAGACCACAACAACAGCCACAUGAAGUUGCCAUUCAGUGUUGAUGAAGAUGCUGGUAUUCUCUGCUCAGGUGGUCAGGAUUGUAUGACAAGGCUUUGGAAUCUUAAUGAUGGAAAACUUUUGAAUGUAAUUUCUCCACAAUCGUCAGACUCUUUUCAGCCUUGGGCGUGGUACUCGGAAUCAUGGAAAAUGCUCUCUGGUGGUAGAAAUUCAGGCUUGGUGGUGGUAUCAGGUGUAGACUUAGAAGUCUACAAAACAUGUUAAAAAGAGUCCUGUUCAAGUAAAUUGAGAUACUAAACUUAAAACACAAAUUCUUUCUAACACCAAACUAUUUGAUCAAAUUUUUCAAUAAAUUACAAAGUCAGUAUCAUUUGAUUGCCUUAUAAAACUAUAAGUAGAUUUUUGAGUUUGAAAACAUUAAUAGUUUAAUUUUUGAAAUGCAGAACAUAACAGCUUAAUUAGAAAAUAUGCACACCUAAACUGAAACAAUUAAAGUGAUGAUUUGGAAGUCUGUUGUUAUUUGCAUAUGUAAACGUUUAAGGUUUAAUAAACUCAGUUACAAUAAAUAUC